GGAAGCAGCUGAGCUCACACUGACAGAGUGGCAUAGCCGGCAAAAAAAAAAAUGCUGACACGUUCUAGUAUGAAAAUUACGGAAAAGCCCAUACGAGACAAGGCCAGUAAAAUAGCGCGUACUAGUAGAGAGAGAGUAGUUGGCGCGCUGAUUCAGCGCAGUUCCCGCACUCCACGCGCCAACGCCCCCAAAUUUCCGAUUUUUUUCCCUCCCCUCCUCUCCCGCCGCGCGCCGCGCCAUGCCGCCGCCGCCGGAGUCCGGGGACCCCGGCCUCGCGGAGUGCCUCCGGCUGCUGGAGGCGGUGCCCGCCGCGGCGGCCUCGGCCCCGGCCUUCCGCCGCCACUGGCCGUCCAUCUCCGCCUCGCUCGCCGCGCUGUCGGCCGCCCUCGCCAGCCCCGCGUUCCCGCCGGGCGCGCCGCUGCUCGCGCCCCUCGCGGCCGCGCUCGGGGCGCUGAUGUCCGCCGCGGCGGACGCGCCGAGGCUCGGCCACCUCCACACCGUCUCGCUGCUCUCCUCCUCCGCCGCCUCGCUGUCACAGCUUGCCGCCGACGCGCGCCUCCUCGCCACGCCGGCUGCAUCCGCCGCCGCCGCCGCGCCCGGCGGCGCGGACUCUGGCGCGGACGCGCUGAUCUCCCGGCUCCGGCUGGGCUCCGCGGCGUCCCGCGCCGCCGCGCUGGAGGAGCUGGCGGGCUCCGCGGCGGCGCUGCCGGCAACCUCCGCCGCCGCGGCCGUCUCCGCGGUAGUGGCGCUGCUCGACUCCGCCGGCGGGGACCUCCUCCUCCCGGCCUCCCGCGAGCGGGCCGUCUCCGUGCUGGCCGCCUUCGCGUCCUCGGACGCCGCGUGCCGGUUCCUGGCGGAGGAGUCCGGCGCCGUGGUGCCCCACCUCUGCCGCGCGCUGGAGUCCGGCGGCGCGGGCGCGGAGCACGCGUGCGCGGCGCUGCUCCCGCUGACGGCAGCCUCGCGGGACGCGUCGGCCGCCGUGGCCGCGCGCGGCGGGGUGGCGGCGCUCCUCGCGGCGUGCGCGGGCGGGACGCCCGCCACGCAGGCUGCGGCGGCCGGGGUGCUGCGGAACCUCGCGGCGUUCCCGGACCUCCUCCCGUGGUUCCGCGACGAGGGCGCGCUGCCGCUGCUCCUGCAGCUGGUCUCCCUCGGCACCCCGCGCGCGCAGGAGCUGGCGCUCGGGUGCCUCCAGAACCUCACCGCCAGCGACGGCGACGAGGGCCAGAGGCUCAAGGUCGAGGCCUUCCAGGAGGGCGCCCUCGCCUGCGUGAAGGACUUCCUCGACGCCAGCCGCGGCGACGAGCCGGGCCUGGCGCCGGCGCUCGGGCUCCUCCGCAACAUGGCCUCCUUCCGCUACAUCGCGGAGAUCGCCGCGUCCGCCAGCUUCGCCGCGCACGUCGCGGCCGCGCUGGGCAGCGACAGGUCCCCGACCCGCACCGAGGCCGCGCUGGCGCUCGCCGAGCUCUGCGGCAACGCCGCCAAGUCGAGGCACGAGCUGGAGGGCGCCGUCCCGCGGCUGAUCUGGAUGCUGGAGGCCAAGCCCGUGGCCGAGCGCGACGCCGCGGCUCGCGCGCUGGCUGCGCUCCUGGCGUCGUCGGGCGCGUGCCGGAAGCUGUUCCGGCGGGACGAGCGCGGCGUCGCGAGCGCGGUGCAACUCCUGGACCCUGCGGGCGCCCGCGGCGUCGACCGACGGUUCCCCGUGUCGGUGCUGCUGGCCGUGGCGCAGUCCCGGCGGUGCCGGAAGCAGAUGGUGGCCGCCGGCGCGUGCGGGUUCCUGCAGGGCCUGAUGGCCGCCGAGGUCGACGGCGCCAAGAGGCUCGCCGAGUGCCUCGGCAAGGGGAAGAUGCUCGGCGUGUUCCCGCGGACGUGACGCCGGAACCCGUAGCUGUCGCGGCGACCGGAACCAAGCCUUCUCCUAGCUCUGUAUGUAUCAAUCCAGCUCCUGCUUCGAUCUGCUUCUUGCUCUCCGUGUUCGUGUGCGUGUGUGUGUGAUGCUUGUGAUGAUGAUCUUGUAAAUGUGGGUCGUCCUGUUGGAUAGCGUAGAGUUGCUAGAUUAUUACGAGUGGCUUAGCGUGCUGGAAACAAUAAGAACACCGAAAGAUCUUGUACGUAAUGCAAUCCCCGAUCUGAUCUGAUCUGAUCUGAAGGAAUUCAGCUUCAGCUUUCUGACAGAUGAUGAGCGCCACUGUUCAUGUGUGCUACUCCACAUCAAGCUUCA